AUGCUGCGACACGACCACAACCGCAUCGACCCCAAAAGGCGCAAUGUCAUUGACCACCGCAAGAAGCAGUUUGCGACGCCCCUGUACAAGGACGCCGAGUAUCCGCACCGCCUCAACUUCUACACGGACGCGCCCACGGCCGACAUUACGCUCGAGCAGUUUGAGCAAUGGGCCAUUGACAGGCUGAGAGUCUUGGCCGAGCUCGAGGCGUGCUCGUAUCGCAACAAGUCGCCCGCCGAGACGGCCGUCCACAUCAAGCCGGCCCUCGACAAGUUCCUGCCCCUCGAGACCAACAGCUCGGCCUCGACAAAGCUGUUUGCGCAGCGGCAAAAGGACCACUACAGCCACUUUAUCCUGCGGCUGGCGUUUGCCUCGACCGAAGACCUGCGCCGCCGCUUCAACCGCCUUGAGACGAUGCUGUUCCGGCUGCGCUUCAACAACGACGACCUCAACGAGCGGUCCGCCUUUGUGUCAAGCCUCGACCUAGACUGGUGGGAGCCCGUGACCGACGACGAGCGGCGCGAGCACGCGGCCGAGCUGGCGGCCGUGGCGGGUCCCAAGAAGAGCAACAACAACGCCGACGUGGACGAGACCUGGUUCAAGGUCGACUGGGGCCGGGUGCCGGACCUGGUGGAGCAGCGCCGCGUCUUUCUCAAGGCCGGAAAGGCCUUUGUCCCGGGCCGGGAGCAGUCGAGCAUGGUUGUCGCCGAGUUUUCCUCGCGACUCGAGCGACAACUCGAGCUGACGGCGCGUGCGCUGCCACGGCUGGACGAGGACGACCGACUCACGCCAAUCCUCAACCACCUCUCCAAGAACUUCGUCACGCCGGACUCGGCCUACGCGUCGGACUCGUCGGCGCCGGCGGGGGCCCAGAUGACGGCGGCCAACGUGGACAAGCUGUCGCAGCACUUCCCGGCGUGCAUGUCACACCUGCACCGGACGCUGCGGCGCGACGCGCACCUCAAGCACUACGGCCGGCUGCAGUACACGCUCUUCCUCAAGGGCAUGGGGCUCAACCUGGAGGAGUGCCUCGUCUUCUGGCGCAGCGGGUUCCACAAGGUGACGGAUGACACCUUCAACAAGGAGUACCGGUACAACGUGCGGCACGCCUACGGCGACGUGGGCGGCGACGCGAACCGCAGGGGCGGCGGCUACAGCCCCUUUAGCUGCCAGAAGAUCCUGACGGAGCACCCGCCCGGGCCGGGAGAGGCCCACGGGUGCCCCUACCGGCACUUUAGCCUGGAGAACCUGACGGCCCUGCUGCAGCAGAUGGGCGUGGCAGACCGGUCGGUGCUGCAGGGCGUCAAGGAGGACAAGGACAGCACAAAGUACCACAUGGCGUGCAAUCGGUUGAGUGACAGUGUGUUUGAGCAUCUCCACAAGGCCGAGAUCAAGAAGGCCAAGGACGAAGCCAUCAUGACGUCGAACCAGCUCGAGACGAUAGCCCACCCCAACGAGUACUUUAAGCGGAGCUAUCUGCUCAAGAACCUGGGCAAGGACAGCGACGUCAAGAUGGAGGAGAGCUGA